GUAGUAUUGAUCGGCGAUUCCGGCGUCGGAAAAUCCAAUUUGCUGUCCAGAUUCACCCGCAAUGAGUUCAGCUUGGAGUCUAAGUCUACCAUCGGAGUCGAGUUCGCCACCCGCAGCAUCCGCAUCAAUAAAAAAGUCGUCAAGGCUCAGAUUUGGGACACGGCUGGCCAAGAACGGCCGAUUUGCGUCACUUGCGGGCCGUCUACAGAGGAUGCUACAGCUUUUGCCGAAAAAGAGAGGACGUUUUUCAUGGAGACUUCUGCCCUCGAAUCAAUGAAUGUCGAGAAUGCAUUCACAGAAGUGCUUACUCAGAUACAUCAAGUUGUGAGAAAGAAAGCUCUCGAGGGUGGGAAUGAUCCAGCGGCUUUGCCUAAGGGUCAGACCAUCAAUGUCGGCUCUAAAGACGAUGUUUCGGCUGUAAAGAAAACUGGCUGCUGCCCUACUUGA